CGUGACAGGUAAGACGGAGAAAAAUGGGGGGGGGAAAGUAAUCAAAGGAAAACGAAAAAAAAAAAAAAACACUGCUGCGAGGAAUUUAUCUUUUUUGACUUUAGGACGAAAAUGGACAAUGUAAAAGAUGGAGACAUGCUGAGGUGUAAUAAUGGAAGGAAAUCAGCUGGAUGUCAGAUUGGCAUAUAAGUGAAGAAUUGACUGGAACAGAAGAUGAAGCUGAAUGAACGUAGCGUGGCACACUAUGCCACCUGUGACUCACCGCCAGACAAGACGGGUUUCCUGUUCAAAAAGGGCGAGCGAAAUACAGCUUAUCACCGGCGAUGGUUCGUCCUCAAAGGUAACAUGCUCUUCUACUUUGAGGAGCAUGACAGCCGUGAACCCAUUGGUGUCAUUGUUCUGGAAGGAUGUACUGUGGAGCUGUGUGAAUCAUCUGAGGAAUUUGCUUUUGCCAUCAAAUUUGACUGUCCCAAAGCACGGGUCUACAAGAUGGCUGCAGAAAACCAGGCAGCCAUGGAGUCGUGGGUGAAAGCAUUGUCAAGGGCCAGCUUUGACUACAUGAGGCUUGUGGUGAAGGAGCUGGAGAGGCAGCUGGAGGAGAUGCAGGAGGCUGCAGGUGGUGGCUGUGGCAUACCUGGCCCAGGAAGUGUGCAGACUAAGUCCAAGUUAUCCAGGCGAAACCAGGUGACACGGUCCAAGUCUGGAGCAUCCUCUUCAUCAUCAUCUUCGUCAUCCUUAUCAUCAACAUCAUCAUCGUCUUCAUCUAGUGUUGCUGUCCCUCAAGUGCCCGUCUGUGCCCAAGAAGUCCACCUCAUUUCGGGGCAUUCCAAAGAGAAUGGAGUUGCAUGGAGUAAACCACCUGUUGCCAUGGUUAAUGGCUUUGUGGAGGGGGCAUCAUCAUAUGCAGCCUGGGAAGGUGCGGCAGAUCCUGGCAAUGGCACUGUGAUCAGGGCUGAUGGAAUAAGGGCUCCACCAGUUCCACCCAGGAGAAGAGGUGCAUCUCUGGAGAGCCCAGUCUCCCCUGGCACCGAGUGUUUCUCUAAACUCCACAACUGGUACGGCCAAGAAGUGGAGGAACUGAGAAUACAGUGGCUGCAGAGCCAGUAAACUGAUGGAGGCUUGCAUCAUUCCUUCCUAAGUAGUCUGCAACUUUACACCUGUCUGAGCUUCACGAAACAGCGGAAUCAGAGGCUUUAAUCUAAUCACAGAGAGUAAAAACUUGAGACUGAUUCUGGAUCUUGUCUGGCACAGGAGAAUCAUUCUGUCUUAAGUGUUAAUGUUGUCCAUGUGGUCUUGCAAACUUAAGAAAUGCAAAAGAUGCACUACCAGUCAAAGCUUUUGACUGGUAGUGCACCUUUUUUCACGUUUCCCGGGUAAAGUUUAACACAAAUUUUUGGAAAUGUAGGAUUUAUAAGUGGCAAUUAUUUAUUGGAAAAUGUCCCACUGAAAAAUCAUCAGCUACAUUAAGUGGCAGUAAUAUAAAAGACCAAAGGCACAUCAAACUUGAUUGCUCUGUCAUUAUAUUAUUGACUUUUAAGAAUUGUUUGGUCUUACAAGUGUA